AUGAAUUCCCGGGAACAUCGUGAACUAUUGGAAAUCUUCUAUAAAAAACAAUCGUAUGUUUUUCGCCUGCUGGCUUUGUGGAAAUUGCCGGAUACGGUAUCGGACCGCUUUCGUCUCUUACAUCGUUUCUAUUUCUAUUUUAUACUUAUCUUUUGGGUAUUAUCCUUCGAUGCCAGUUGCCUGAUUCAAUUCAUAUCGAAUAUCAGCGAUUUGAAUGAAGUCAUCAAGGUGUUUUUUAUAUUUGCCACUUCGUUGGCGGUGUUUGCAAAAUUCUCAACAAUUAAAAUGAAAAAUCAUCUCUAUGCGGAAUUGAUUGAGACCAUACACGAACCGAAAUAUCGUCCCGUCAACAGCCGCGAGGUGAAGAUUUUCCGCGAGACACAUCGUCUGUGUGGUAGGGUGCGUAAUUUUUAUCUCGUGAUCUCGUUGUGUGCCCUCAAUGUCGUUAUGCUGACUCAGUAUAUUUUUGAUAAUUCCGAAUUACCCCUCUCGCUAUAUAAUCCGAUUAAUAUUGAUACGAAGCUACGCUAUCGUCUAAUGUAUUUGUAUCAAUAUAUUGCCGUAUCGAUUUGUUGUUAUAUGAAUAUUGCCUUUGAUUCGAUCUCCGCCUCGUUUAUGAUUCACAUCAAGGGUCAGUUGGAUAUACUGUGUGAUCGUUUGGAACAUUUGGGUAUGGAUUAUGAGAGCAGUGAUGAGGUGAUUACGGCCCAGUUGAAAAAUUGCGUCAAAUAUUAUGGUGAUAUUAUACAUAUUGUUCGUAUAGCUGAGGAUUUGAUAAGUUUUCCAAUAUCGAUACAAAUUGCAUGUUCGGUGUUGGUAUUGGUGGCGAAUUUUUAUGCAAUGUCAUUUGUAA